GAAGUGCCUGAGCGCGGCGGAGGCAUGGUCAGCUGAGUCUGAAGGUUGCGUCUGGGAAGAGUCGGCGUGAGGCCGCGGCGUGCGGGCUCCAGGGACGGCGGAGGCGACCGCGGCGGGCUGGGGCUCGGGGCCUAAGACGUGAGCGUCGACACCACCCGCGCGCUCCGCUGAGUGCCUGGGGCCGCCGCCAAGCACAGACCAUGUUCGUGGUGCGCCUGACUUCCCAGCUGCUCAGGGCUGUUCCCCGGGCAGGGUGCAGUGGGCCUUGGCCUUUCUCCGGGGUGUUGGUCAGGCAUGCCUGCAGGCCUCUCUACAGCAUGCAACCUAUAGACCCAGGUGGGGUUGCGUCCCUCCCUGACAGGCGGGUCCACAUGGAGCUUGAGGAGAUGCUGGUCCCCAGGAAGAUGUCUGUCAGUCCCCUGGAGAGCUGGCUGACCGUUCGCUACCUCCUGCCCAGACUGGACGCUGGGACCUCAGGGACUGUGUUCCCAGCCCAAGUCUAUGAGUGUCCGCCCAGCCAGGUGGGGGAAGGGGUCGAGCAGGGGGGUAAGGAGGUCUGGGACGCACCUCAGAUACAGUGCAAAAACGUGCUCAAGAUCCGCCGGCGGAAGAUGAAUCAUCACAAGUACCGCAAGCUGGUCAAGAGGACUCGGUUCCUGCGGCGGAAAGUCAGGGAGGGACGCCUGAAACGGAAGCAGAUGAGAUUCGAGAGAGACCUGAGGCGCAUCUGGCGGAAGGCGGGCCUGAAGGAAGCCCCCGCAGGCUGGCAGACCCCUAAGAUCUACCUGAAGGGCAGAUGAGUCUCUUGUGUCUCUCCCCCAGCCCUGUUACUGUGGAUGACCCAUUGUAAUAAAUACUUGGAGAAUUUAGCCAUCCUUGCCGGCCUGGA